CUAAUAAUAAUACCCGAGUCGCCCCUUCGUAGUCGAGCGUGUGGGAUGGCGUCGCCUGCAGUGGGGCUGAUCCCACCGGGGGGACAUCAGCAGACACAGUCUCAGCCGCCCAGUAAGUCUGCCACGAAGCGAAAGCUCAACAAAGUGAUGCCAUGCGGAGGAGACGACGUGACCACGACAUCGUAUUACGAACCCCCGUUAUUAGUCGGCGCGUCCACCGCCACAGCCCGAAUCAACUCGGGUGGGCGACGGCGAAGCAGCUUCGUAGCGUCCAGGGAAAAACCUAGCGAUCGCAAAGUGACCGACCUGCUCUCAAAGACCGUGCCCAACUACUUGGGUGGCACGACCAUGCAGACCCGCGCGUACGACGCCGACAUGCGACCGAUCUCGUGUCGGUUUUCCGACCCGCAUCUAGAAGAAGUGUUUCGUAAGCACUACCGUCACUACGUGCUGGGCAAAGUGCGCAUGGGCGGGUGGAUCUCCAUCAUGCUGCAUGUCGUCAUGGGGGUGAUCGAGUACAUGUGCGGCUACAGCGCGCCCCACGAAGGGUGCCUCGUGCUCGCUCGCGUGUCGAUCGUGCUUGUGACCCUCGCGUUUCUUCGCGGAACGAGGCGGCCGAGCUUCCAGCCGCGCUUUGAAGCGUGGAUGAUGUCGUACUACGCCCUGCUCGGUACCCUUGUCGUGGCCACGAGCGUCUUCUUUGAAUCGUCGCUUCGGUGGGCGGGUGCCGGUGGUUCUACCGCGACCACCGAGGACGACAUGUACUUCUUUUUCGCCGGCAGGUGGUCUCAAGCGAUUUCGCUGAUCUACAUUUCCAUUCUCUUCAACGCUAGCGGCAUGACGUUCAUUAUGUCUACCGCUUGCGCUUGGUUCCACAUUUCGUUGAUGAUCGCCGUGCCAUUGACCCUAUAUCGUGACCACCCCCAACUCCAAGAUCCACAGCUGGCGUACGGCCCCAUCUUGACGUGUUUUUGCAUGCUGUCUGCGUACAACAGCGAGCGGCACAUACGAAAGGAAUUUGUGCUGCGGUGCAAUGUCACCGAGGACCGCAAACGACGCGACGACUUGCUUGAGACGAUGCUGCCCGCGCAUAUCAAAGAAAGCCUCAAGGAGAACCGUACCGACCAAUUGGCCGAGCAAUUCGACGAGGUGUCGAUUUUGUUUUGCUACGUGAGCGACUUUGGCCGGUUGUCGAAAACAACAUCGGCGAUCGAACUCGUGCAGCUCAUGAACCGCAUCUUCUUUUGCUUUGACAAGGCCACCGACUCGCGUGGCGUGUACAAAGUCGAAGCGAUUGCCGAAACGUACAUGUGCGCCGCGGGGGUGCCGGUGAAGGACCCGCUCCACCACGAAAAGAUUGCCGACAUGGCGCUCACGAUGAUGUACAUCCAAGAGCAGGAGAAAUGGGUGUGCAACGGCGAACUCAUUCGGUUGAAAAUCGGCAUCCACAGCGGCCCGGUCGUUGCGGGGGUCAUCGGCUCGAAAGCGUACAGCUAUCACUUGUUUGGGGACACAGUCAACACGUCGUCUCGCGUGUGUUCGUCGUCCAAACCAGGCAAGAUUCAGAUCAGCGAGCGCACGUUUGCGUUGUUGUCGCGGUCGGCGUGCUACGACAUAGUUCCGCGGGGGAAGAUUCCGCUCAAGGGCAAGGGGGAGCUCAUGUUGUACUGGCUGGAGCGCAAGAUCCUCCGCCCCGUGCGCCGCGAUCCGUUUGGGAUGACGUCGCGCUUCGAGUUGGCCGAGGACAAGGCGGUGGCGUCGGCCCCCCGCGCCAACAAGCCAGGGUCGCCCACGACGUCGUCCACCGAGCCCGCUAAGUCGGACGUCGAGUCGCUCGAGAUGAACAAACGGACGCUGGCGUUCCAGGUCAAAGUCCCCAUGAGCAAGCGACGGCGGUCAGCGCUGGAGCGGCGCAUGGAAAUCUCGUUCAUUGUCGACUACAACAUGGCCAACUUGACGCAGUUUCGAUGGGCACUCGGGGCCGGUAUUGGCGUGCUAACAGUUGCGGCCAUUCUGAAUGGCGGGGUGCUGGGAGCCACUGCGAUGACUGCAGAAGGCGCGUCUCAAAGCAGCGGUGCCAUGACACUCAACCUUUCGGGGGUGGUGCUGCUCAGCGGCUUGUUUGCGUACAGCUACCGCCGCAUGUUCCUCUCCCGGAUGCAGACCGUGUCCGGCGUAGUCGUGGGGCUCGUGUUUGCUGCGCUCAACUUCAACUUGGUGCUGAGCCCCACCAGCAACUUUCUCAACUUGAACUUGAUUUACAUUACGAUUGUGAGUCUGCUCAUGCGCUUCCGCUUUGUCACAUCGGCCACGAUCAACUGCACCAUCUUGGUGCUGUACCUGAUUUUGCUCGUCUACUGCCACCACGACAUCCGCAACGUAAUUGGGUUUCUGGUCAUCACGAUUUUUUGCACCACCAUCGGCCAAUAUUCGUGCUACCGCCGCGAAGUUGGCCUCCGCACGGACUUUUUACUCAAGCACAUGCUCAACGUGGAAAAGAAGAAGUGCGAGGAGCUGUUGGCCAACAUGCUGCCGUCUCCUGAAUACGCCGAGGCGCUGCUUCUCAAUGGCACGAUUGUGGACGAGCUCAACGACGUGACGCUGCUGUACUCGGACAUGGUCGGCUUCACCGCACUCAGCUCGACCUUGAAACCGGUCGAGUCGUGCCUCUUCCUCAACAAAGUAUACUCGGCGUUCGAUCGCCACUUGGACGCGUUUGGUGUGUACAAGAUGGACACAGUCGGCGACGCUUUCAUUGUUAUUGGGGGGCUGCCCAACUACAAGAGUGAGAAGAACCAUGCGGUGGCCAUCACUGCGUUUGCCGUGGAAAUGCUUCGAGAAAUGGACGAGUUUCGGCGCAGUGAAAACGUGCAUUUGCAGAUGCGCAUUGGGAUUCACACGGGCAAGGUCGUGGGCGGCGUCGUGGGCAUCAAGAAGCCGCGGUACCUGAUCUGGGGCAGCCAGACGGUCGUGGCCAACAGCAUGGAGUCCAAGAGCAUCCCCGGCCGCAUCCAGAUCUCGGACGCGACGCACAGGAUCCUGCAGCAAGCAUCAUCUCAGUACCAGUUUGAACCUCGCGGCGAGAUCAGCAUUGGCGACACGGAAGUGAUCUCGACCUACUUUGUGCAGACGGACAAAGCACCCAAGAAGGAGGCGAUCGUCGCCAAGUACUUUCCCACAGCUGUGUACAAGUCGACCGCGUCGGUCAAGAGCAAGCAGUCCAAGGCCGCUAUUGAGCUCGAGAACCUGCUCCUCGAUGCUCGCCGGCGCAACCCCUUCUUCCAGAACGUCGAACUCAUGGGGGAAGGGUCCCGCAUCCUGCAUAAACUCGCAGCUUCCCGAGGCUCGGUGACGCGACCGACUACGCCAUCACGUGCAUCGCUCUCGAAGCAACCGACCGCGCCGUCACGAGUGUCGCUGUCGCAGCAGCCGACGACCCAGUGACUGCCACCUCAUUAACUUAUUUAACUUAUUCUGGGAUGUCCGGAUAAAUGUCCGGAUAUCACCCCAACACUCUGAAA